UUCCGAUUCCGAUUCCUCCGAGGCCACCAGCGCGCCCCGUUCUCCCCCUCCCCUCCAGGAGGAGGUGGACCAGAAGGAUGCGGAGCCGGCGGCCCCCGAGGCGAAUGUGGACGAGAAGGAUUCGGAGCCGGCGGCCCCCGAGGCGGAGGUGGACGAGAAGGAUGCGGAGUCGGCGGCCCCCGAGGCGGAGGUGGACGAGAAGGAUGCGGAGUCGGCGGUCCCCGAGGAGGAAGUGGACGAGAAGGAUGCGGAGUCAGAGGCCGCGGCGCCGGAUUACAGGCCCACGGCGGCGCCGCCGGCCUUUCUCGAGUCCUUCGCCGUGUUCGUCAUCAAAGCCGUGCUGUUCCAGGUCAGCGCGCUCGUCGCCUGCCUCACGUUCCCCUUCCGGCUGCUGCAAUGGUGGUUCCUCUUCGUGACCGACCCGCUCGGCUCGGCGCAGCGGGCGAGGGAUUGGGCUCUCGGGGUGGUGGGGCAGGCCACCGGCGCGGUGGGCGCGUGGCUCGGAGCGGGGGACGGGGUUCCGCGCGUGGUGGCGAGGCUGCUGUGGGGGGCGCUCUGGGCCAUGUACGUCUGCGUGCUUCUGUGCGCGAUGCUCGCCAUGGCGUUCACGGCAGGGGGGGUCCUGGUGGGGAAAGUGGUGGAGGAGCCCGUUCAGGUGACGGAGAACCUGAAUUUCGAUUACACCAAGCCGAGCCCUGUGGCGUUUGUGCCCGUGGGGCGGCUGGUGCCGCCGCAACAGCGGAUGCAGCUCGAGGUGUUGCUGACGCUGCCCGAGUCGGAUUACAACAGGAGGCUUGGGGUUUUCCAGGUGAGGGCAGAGCUUCUAUCUGCAGAUGGGAAAGUGGUCACUGCUUCGAGCCAACCAUGCAUGCUAAAGUUCAAGAGCGUCCACAUGCAUUUCAUAGAAACCUUUUUCCAAGGUGUUUCUCUUUUGUCCGGCUAUUCAUCUGAAUCUCAGGUUAUCAAACUAAAACUGACGGGCAUUAAGGAGGCUUUCAAGCCAAUAACAGGAGUAAGGAUAGUGCUCGAGCAACGAGCCGAGUUUGCCACUGGUGCAGGCAUCCCAGAGAUCUAUGACGCGUCGAUAAAGCUCGAGGCCGAGCUCCCUCUGCUCAAGAGAGUACUCUGGCACUGGAGAUGGACCAUGUUUGUGUGGAGCAGCAUGGCGGUCUUUGUCUUCGAACUGUUGCUCGCCGUCGUUUGUUGUAGGCCCUGUAUAUUUCCCAGGAGUUGACAUGGUGGGGUGUAGCUCCUCAGGGUAACUCAUGUAAUGUACACUUGAAAAUAAAUGUACAAGGGGGUGCCACUGUCACAUGAUAGACUGCUUACUAACCAUGCUGAUGAUGCUACAUAUGCCCCUUUUCUCCUCUGUCGUGGAGCUUGCCAUUCUCUGUGAGUAGGCAAGUUAAGUCUUGCUCUUCUCGUUUUGUUUCUGUGGUUGCUGCUAUAUUCGUAAGGAUGAGCUACUUAUGUUA